GUUCACCACACUUCAACUUCUUCUUCUUCUUCUUCUUCUUCCCUCUAAGCCAUUGUCUUUAAUUUAUCUCAAUAGGGUUUCUUCUAAGCCUUAGCAUGUCAACAUUGAACAAAAGCAGCUCCCUCAACAAUUGCACCAAGCUCCCCCUCCCAUCCCAUGACCAAAUGACAUCAACCCACAACAACGUAGUAGAUGAAAUCCAAUCCCAACCCUUCGACUACUCGAAACGCGCUCAAUGGUUACGCGCCGCCGUGCUAGGCGCCAACGACGGUCUCGUCUCAACUGCAUCUCUCAUGAUGGGUAUCGGAGCUGUCAAGCAUGACGUUAAAGCCAUGAUUCUCACCGGUUUCGCCGGUCUCAUUGCCGGUGCCUGCAGCAUGGCGAUCGGUGAGUUCGUCUCCGUUUACUCUCAAUUAGAUAUAGAAAUGGCCCAUAUAAGAAGAAACAAGGACUUGGAGGAAGAGGAGAGAGAGAAACUGCCAAACCCUCUUCAGGCGGCAGCUGCCUCGGCGUUGGCCUUUUCCAUCGGAGCUAUGGUGCCGCUGCUGGCGGCUGCGUUCAUUAGGGAGUAUAGGGUUCGGCUAGGAGUUGUGGUGGCUGCAGUGACCAUGGCUCUAGUAGGGUUUGGGUGGCUAGGGGCAGCGUUGGGGAAGGCACCAACGGUGAGGUCGGCGGUGAGGGUCUUGAUCGGAGGGUGGACGGCCAUGGCUGUGACUUUUGGGUUGACAAAGUUGAUUGGAUCAAGUGGACUAUGAGAGAAUAAUUAGCAAAUAAAAAAGAUGUCACAUUAAAGUUCUUACUAAUUGGUGUGUAGGGAAGUAUACAUGAAUCAACUAUAGUUUAAAAUGAUGUGGGAUUGGGCAUAUAUAUAUAUAUAUAGAUGGUUUGCAAACGUUUCGGGGUUCCUCGAGCAUAGUUUAUUUAGUUCACGACGUGAUAGUCUCAUCUGAAUAUCAAAGAUGUAAACUUUUUACCUCUAGUUAACCUAAAAAUCUCUCGUAUCUUCGCCCUUA